GCCGUCAUUUAAUAAUAAUUAGUUCUUAAUUGACUUGCCAGGUUAAAUAAAAUGUAUGGAUUUUCUUUUUACCUUAUUUUGGUUUCAAUCCGUCCAGUUGGUGGCGGCAAUACACCUUGUUGGGUUGUAGUCCGCCAUAAAACCCACAGAAGAACUCUGUGCGUCUCUGCUAGGAGUUCCACUGUUUGUGACCUAUAAAGGUAGAACCACUUGACAAAAUGUUUAGAAGAAAACUGACAGCGUUGGAUUACCAUAACCCCUCUGGAUUUGACUGCAACGAUGAGACAGAGUUCAGGAAUUUCAUUGUGUGGCUGGAAGACCAGAAAAUCAGACACUACAAAAUUGAAGACAGGGGCAACCUGAGAAAUAUCCCCAGCUCGGAAUGGCCCAAGUCCUUUGAGCAGUAUCUUCAAGAUGUAAACUGCCCAUUCAGUGUCCAAGAGAGACAGGAGUCGGUGGACUGGUUGCUGGGUCUAGCAGUUCGGUUCGAGUAUGGAGACAAUGUUGAGAAGUACAAGAACUGUCCGCCAGCCACGGCCACCAAGGCGGAGAAACCCUCGGAUCCACUCAUCCAUCUGGACAGCAACAACCCAGAUUUUAAGGCUGGCGUGAUGGGCCUGGCUAACAUGCUGAAGAUCCAGCGUCACGACGACUACCUGGUCAUGCUGAAGGCUAUAAGGAUCCUCAUCCAAGAGAGGCUGACCCCAGAAGCUAUAGCCAAGGCCAGGCAGUCUAAAGAGGGUCUCCCCGUGGCCUUGGACAAACACAUCCUCGGCUUUGAUACUGGAGACGCUACCCUGAACGAGGCGGCUCAGAUCCUGCGCCUGCUCCACAUUGAGGAGCUGCGAGACCUGCAGACCCGGAUCAACGAGGCUAUCGUAGCUGUCCAGGCCAUCAUCGCAGACCCCAAGACAGACCACCGCCUGGGCAAGGUCGGCAGAUGACCUGGCCUGCCUGAACCCUUGACCUCUGCCCUAUAACUCCCAACACACGCAGUCUGUGGAAAAGCAGUACCAGUCACACAAACUAUACAUGGUCCCAGGACCCUGUUCUUAUUCUAUUUUCGCCUCCCCCUUUUUGAUAAGGAGCCGGGAGGACUGGAAUUAAAUUGUCUUGUUUUGGAGGGGGGGAGCCUUUUUUUUAAAUAUGAAAAUUAAUGAUUUUUAGAUUUUUUUUUAAUAAGAAAUGGUAAGUUCUCAGAUUCUUUGCUGAAAUGACCCAUUUCUGUUUAAGUCCUGAAUCACAUUUUAUUGUUAUAAAUAUCACAUCUUAUAAAAAAGGAUUUAAAAAAAAAAUAUGGUAAAACAUAUUUGAGAAGACAAUUCUUAUUAGUUCACAGAAUACUCAUACUGCAUUGCUGUGUGUUCAUUCAAUACACAUUGACAGUUAUAACAGGA